CAGGCAUCAGGUCAUUUGGCUCGACAGCGGGCACCGCGUCAUCUGGCAAGGCAGUGUGGGCUCCGAGUCAACACUGAGGCCAGUGGGCACCUGGUCACCAGGCAUUGGAUCGUCUGGCUCGACAGCGGGGCAUCGCAUCCGUUCACCAGGUAUGACAGCGGGUCACUGGGUCACCAGCGCAUCAGGUCAUUUGGCUCUUUGCCAGAGCGGGCACCGCGUCAUCUGGCAAGAGCAAAAGUGGGCACCGGGUCACCAGGUAUGACAGCGGGCUCUGAUCAAUUGGCACGACAGCGGGCACUGGAUCAGGUACCGGAUCAUCUGGAUCAACAGCGGGCCAUCGAGUCAACUGGCCUAAUAGGAUCGUCGUUGCUGGAUCAGUUCAUCAUGCUGAGUAGCGGCAGGCAUGCUGAAUCCAGAGGCAUCAACUGCUGAAGUAGAGGCAUCAGGCUGAGAAGAGGCAUCAGGCUGAAGAGAGGCUGCAACCGCGAAGAGGCUUCAGGCUGUCAGGAGAGGCAUCAGGCCGAGUAAGAGGCUUCAGGCCGAGUAGAGGCUUCAGGCCGAGUAGAGGCUUC